AUGGCUCCUCCCAAAGCUCCUCGUGUUGAGGUCAACAACCUCUCAUACACGUUCCCCGACUACUCAACUGGCAUCAAGAACAUCACCCUUGACCUUCCUCCGCGAUCCCGUACUCUUCUCAUUGGUGCCAACGGUGCUGGUAAGACGACCCUGCUUCGUCUCCUCGCUGGCAAGCGUCUUGCACCUAGCGAUACCAUCUCGAUCUGUGGAGUUGAUCCUUUCAAGGAGGGUCUUGAGGGCGUCACUUAUCUCGGUCUCGAAUGGGUUCUAAACCCUAUUGUCCGAACUGACAUUGGUGUGAAUGAGUUGCUCCGUUCGGUUGGUGGCGAUGCCUACCCUGAUCGUCGAGAUGAGCUUGUGGCCAUGCUCGAUGUCGACACCAACUGGCGCAUGCACGCUGUCUCCGACGGUGAGCGCCGCCGUGUCCAGCUUGCCAUGGGUCUCGUGCGGCCCUGGACUGUUCUGCUUCUCGACGAGAUCACCGUCGACCUCGACGUUCUAAGCCGUGCCGAGUUCCUUGCCUGGCUCAAGCAUGAGACGGAGAUCCGAGAGUGCACCAUCGUCUACGCUACCCAUAUCUUGGACAACCUUGCUGGUUGGCCCACUCACCUCGCCCAUAUGCACCUUGGUACUGUCAAGGAGUGGGAUGAGGCUGACAAGAUGCUUGCUACCAUCGACGGAACUGUCGGUCACUCUGGCAACAGUCGUCUUGGAGAGCUCGUACUGAGCUGGCUUCGAGAUGACCUGAAGGAAAGAGGACCACGAAGCGGUGCUAACCGCGGCCCCGAAGGCAAGACUUACGGCUUCGGAGGAAUCCAGAUUGGUGGCUAUGGCGACGAGUCCAAGCAGCGUCAAGCAUAA